CGUCCUGUCAAAAUUCACUCUGACCUUGUGUACAUAACAAUUUCCACCAAUAUGAUGAAUAAAAAUAUGAAUUCCCCGACGAAACUCACGGAAUUCGCUCCACUGAGUCCAGAGGACAAUCAACCCGUUGUUGCUUCGUUGUUCUCCAAGUUCUUCACUUUUGGAAAAUCCACAUCAGGUACAGAAACUCCAGCAGUGUCUCCAAAGGACGAGGAGCAAAGCUCCUCAGGUGAUUCAGAAUCCUGGAGGCAGUUGGACAGUUUGGAAAAAACUCCAGAAGAUGACACGUCCACGCAGAUGACUUUUCCCUUGGAUGCCAGUGAGGGACGGAGUCUUCCAAAUGUACUCAAACGUAUCAGUAAUAUUGUAGCAUCCAAGAGCAGCAGUUUGAAGUCCUACAAGGACUCCCAGCUCCGUAGUUUCUGGAUGCCGGACAGUGUAGCGAAACAGUGCUACGAGUGCACAGAGAGAUUCACUACCUUUCGGAGACGACAUCACUGUCGUGUAUGUGGACAAAUUUUUUGCUCCAAGUGCUGCUCCGACGAGAUUCCCGGUAAAAUUAUGGGCUGCACAGGAGAUCUUAGAGUCUGCACGUACUGCUGCAAAGUUGUUCUCUCGUACCUGCAGUCCUCGGACAUGCGGAGUGUUUUGUCAGCGGAUCUGAAAGCCCUCCAGGAAGAUCUCCAGGUGAAAUACGGUGAUAUUCCAUCGCCUCAUCAGAAGACUCACAUCCCAGAGGACGACACAGCCCCCCACAGAAAGCCCAGUGUCGGCUACAUGGAGGAGAAAUACGCUCUGGGUAGAGCAACAGGAAGUUAUCUCUCCCCUCACGAGCGUGCAGCUGUCCUCCAGAAUUCAGCAUCCCUACGGAUGAUCUGGGAAGAACUCUUCAACUCCUCUCAGGCGAUUCCCCUGCAGACGCACUGGGUUCGUCUGAAGAACUACUACAACUGCUUCACAGGAGUGGAGCUCGUCAACUGGAUGAUCUCCCAGAACAAAGCAGCGACUAGAGUCCAGGCAACAGCCAUUGGCCAGGCCCUCCUCGAAGCUGCUUUCAUCAAAUCAAUUCAGGGGGAGAGUUCUUUCACAGAUACAGCAUCUUUAUUCAUUCCAGUGAGUCUCUCCUCCCUGCAGACGAGCAUUCUGGACGAUCACCAGUCCAGUUGCGAUGCCCAGGAGCCAGCCUGGGUGAAGAAUAUCCCCCAGCACGACUCUACCACAGACUCUGAGAGUGAAACAACAAAACAGAUUAAUACCUUGCAGAUCGCUCGACUUCCCUCCUCCAGCUCCAGUUUUUAUCUCGACCUCAACCUCGAGGCGUCAACUGUUACUCUGAAACGUCCAACUUCUGGGGAUUUUCCGCUUUUUGGAGAUACCGAACCACUCACACCUGAUCCUGAUAAAAUAGCUCAGGAUAAUGCAGCUGUAUCUGAGGUUCUCAAUGAUACACUAUUCCACGUACAAGAAACCAAAGAAAGAAGUAGCUGGCAUAAAGUUAACAAUCUUCGUAACUCCUUCGGUGAGAUGAGCGCCUACAACAGUCUCUCAUCAGCGUACAAGCAGCAUGAGGAUUCGCUGAUAAAGCAGCUACUGAACAAGGAGGGCCUUCCCCAGAAGUGGUCGGACGUUAUAAUCCCAAUAGCCCAUCAGAUCGUAGACCAACUCCGUCCCGAUCUCAAUCACGACGCCGACGACAUGGAUAUCCGCCAGUACGUGCAGAUUAAAAAAUCUCCGGGGGGUAGCAAAAGUGACUGUGAGAUUGUAUCAGGUGUUGUCUGUAGCAAGAACGUCGCCCACCGAGGCAUGAACGCGAUGAUUGCCAAUCCAAAAAUUUUAUUACUACAGUGUGGACUGAUGUAUCAGAGGGUUGAGGGGAAACUAUUGAGUCUGGAGCCAGUGAUGCUACAGGAGAAUCAAUACCUGGAGCACACAGUGGGUAGAAUAACAGCUCUCGGGCCAGAUAUCGUUUUAGUUCAUCGUUCUGUGUCGAGACUGGCACAGGACAGGUUCAGGCAGUGUGGAGUCACUCUGGUGUUGAAUGUCAAGCUUUCAGUCCUGGAGAGAGUGGCCAGGUGCACUGGAGGGACAAUUGUCAACACGAUCGACGCACAUUUGACAGCUAGAUACAAAUUGGGGACUUGUAAGAAAUUUUACCUGAGAAAUUUUCCCAGUGCCAAAAAUGGAGUGAAGACCCUAAUGUAUUUUGAGGGCUGUGCCAAUCCCCAUCUGGGGUCCACAAUUCUCUUACGUGGGGGCAGUCCUAACGAGCUGAAGAGAGUGAAAAAUGUGACGUCAACGAUGAUUUUUGCUGUCUACUCCUGGAGGCUGGAGAAGUCCUUCCUGAUGGACGAGUUUGCCAGGCCACCAUCGAACGAUAAUUCAUUUCUCGAUGGGGAUCAUCCUAAAGGGGAGGAGAAGAGACGAGAGCUCGGGGAAUCCAGUGAUUCACCAGGGAAUAAUACAACUUUGAUUCAGCAGAACACCUCCUGUAGCCAAAGUACACCGAAGACCCAGAGGAUUGAAGACUCUGGGACUAGUGAUAAAUUCAAGAGAGUCUCCAAUAUGUUACAGGAGCAGUGCGACCCCUACGACACGUUGAAACUCUUCAAGCAGAAAUCGAAGGGACUGACCUCAGAAGGUAAUGAAUCCGAUCUUCCUAAUAGUACUGACAGAAAAGACACACUAAAUGUGUCUGACACUGGCUCAGCCGACGAUAUUUCAAUUCUGGAGUCGAGUUCAGAGCAAAACACUUUCGAAUUAUUCAGUGGAACUCCCCAAGAGAAAAAAGACAUUAAUGACAAAAUGACGGAAGAAAUUCCCACGAAACCAAAAGCUCCCGAUGACAAACGAGUUUACGGUGAAUCGAUAUCAGACAGAAGUGAUCCCCUUCAUCAAUAUCUCAAUGAAGACGAAGACGUCUUCCACAUGGUGAGCCCCACAGGCCAAAGCCUGAGUGUAGCAGACCUUCCACUCCUCAAUAAAUUCAAAAAAUCCCUAGACGACACAAUUCUCAGCUUCUCGCCAUACCUGAAAUUCUCGAUUCCCUACCUGGAGACAGAGCCGGGGAGAAACUGCGUACUACGUGGAUUCUUCCCAAAGGAAAUAUUCUACUCCUCCCAAUUCUCAGAUAAGGUCGACGGCAGUCGUACAAGUGUCUCGCUGGACCCUCCAGGGAGUGAUUUCUCUCCAGGUUUGAAACUGAAACCCAGGCACCCUUUCACCCUCGUAAAAAUCACCUCCAGGGUGGACACGAGGGAAGUGCAGGCUCUGCUCUCUCAUUUUCGUGCGUGUGGAAGUCGCCUGAAUCGAAGUAACAACGUCAUCCUCGAGAGGAAACCGGUGAUUUCCGUGGAGACAAAUGACACUCCAAUCUGGCCAGAUUGUCUAGACCCUGCGAGUCAUCAGAGACUUCCAGUCCUCUUCUGCAGUUUCUCCCACAAUACAAACGACGCACCUGCCUCCUUCUGCGUCAAUCCCUGGGUCGUAAAUAUGGAUCUCUAUGGACGUAAUGACAUCGCCUUGGGUCGAUUCCUCGAACGAUACUGCCUGACAACAGAUUACAAGUGUCCAGCCCCAUCCUGUCGAGCCCAAAUAGCUCAACACGGUCGUCGUUUUGCACACGACGGCGGCUGCCUCCAGAUAAAUCUCAAUCAGAUGAGUAACGAUCCCUUCGGCCAGGAGAACGUCAAUCAGAUCCUCAUGUGGAGUAAAUGCGUGGAGUGUAAAAAUGUGUCACCCGUGGUUCCCAUGUCCUCUGACACCUGGAGCUUGUCGUUCGCCAAGUAUUUAGAAUUGAGAUUCCAUGGAAACGUUUACAUGAACAGAAGUUCAGAGACGUGUCAGCAUUCCCUGCACCACGACCACUGCCAGUACUUUUCCAAGGGAAAUAUGUUGGCAGUCUUCAAGUACACGAGAAUCAAACUCUUGGAGAUAUCCCUGCCCCCUCCAUUGAUCAACAUAAGUUAUGAUGCUGGACAACACGCAAAUGUCAUCGACGAAGUGAAAAUAAUUGCCCUAAAAGGGGAUGACGUUUUUACAGCGAUCAAGGAGAAACUGACGACACUGCAGGUCGAGCUGGAGAGUUUAAAUGUCAUGAAACAGCAGGUGGCCAAGGAGCAGUUGUAUUUUAAAAAUAAAAUUGAAGAGGUGCAGCUUAAACUGACGUCGCCGACACUCGAGAAUAAAAAACUCGAGGGAAAGGGUUCAGUCAGACAGGUCCAGGCACUGAUGUUCAGGAUUGAGGAUGGACUGGUGAUCCUGAAGAGACUCAUUGCAGAGGCUGUGAGCAACUGGAAUUCCAGAAUAAUUGAAAUAGCCUCCAAGAAGCGAGACGAGCGUCCCAGGAGGUUCACUGAGAGAUCAUUGACAGCUGGCAGCAGUGGAUUAAUCGAUACUGAUGGGUACAUUACUGAGGACACAGCAUCUGAGAGCCAGAUGGAGGACUUGAGCCCCAUGUCAGCUGAUUACAACGCCAUCGACGUGAUAUCUGCCCAGGUUGAUGCACAGAGUAAUGACGUCAUUGAGCACUCGGACGGGGAAAUCCAGGAGAGCCCGAAUCCUGCGGAUAUCGUCAUCAUCCAGGGAUCACCGAAGAUGCAUCAGAGAUCACACUCUGAUGUUCUCCCCAUGUCCUCAGAGGACGUUCCUGACAGGAGGAAAAAGAAGAAGACAAUUUUAUCUCAACUACUGCCAUCAGUUUCAAAUGUCUCGACAAUUGUUAAUCCCCUAGGGCCACUGGAGCAUCAUCUCCUGCCUCUUGGGUCUGUUGUUCCUAUUGUUGUUAAUGAGUCUGAGCCAUCAUCGAUUAUUGCUUAUGCCCUGGACUCCCAUGACUACAAACACGCCUUCCAGGAGAUUCUUCAGGUAGUGAAAAAUGAGUUGAGCUCGAGUCCACUGAAUAAAAGGAAAUUCGUGGAGAAUAAAGAGAAUGUUGUGGAAACUACACAGUCGGGGGAAUUCAAGAGGCCAUCGGUUCUCUCUUUUCUACGAGGAGCUAGUCCCAGUCCUGCUAGUCCCAGUGAGACUGAGAGGAAUUUCACGGCCGAGGUGAAUCCCCAGGGAAUUGGGGAGAUUGAGGAAGAGAAGCGGGCAAUUAAACAGCAGAACUACAUCGAGGUACAGUUCGCUGAUACAACCACCAAUUUUUAUUGCAGAGUUUAUUUUGCCGCGCAGUUUGCUAAAUUGAGGGAAAGUGUUUUGCCUUGUGGUGAGGAUGGAUUCACCAGGAGUCUCUGUAGAAGUGUCCAGUGGGCUGCCAGAGGGGGGAAGAGUGGAAGUACAUUCUGCAAAACUCGAGACGAUCGGUUCAUACUCAAGGAGAUGUCCAGGAUGGAGAUGCAAAUUUUUUUGGACUUUGCGCCCAAUUAUUUCGGGUACAUGGAGAAGUGCCAGCAGAACAAACAGCCAACUCUCCUCGGUAAAAUCGUCGGUGUGUACAGGGUUUCAUUUAAAAAUAACAUGACGAAUGCUGCGUUGAGAACAAGUUUACUUGUCAUGGAGAAUUUGUUUUAUGAUAGGACUAUUACUGAUAAAUUCGAUCUCAAAGGAUCCGUGAGAAAUCGACUGGUUAAUCCUGAGGAUAUUGAUCAUGAGGGAGAGCUCGUGCUCAUGGAUGAGAAUCUACUAAAUAUGAGCUGUGAUUCACCGUUGUACAUGAGGCCACAUUCCAAGGCUGUACUCAAUAAGGCCAUUGAGCAGGAUACCAAGUUCCUGGCUGACAACUCUGUUAUGGAUUAUUCACUGCUUGUCGGACUGGAACCCAAAUCUGGAGAACUUGUGCUUGGAAUUAUUGACUACAUCAGAACCUUCACCUGGGACAAGAGACUGGAAACAAUGGUGAAAAAAUCUGGGAUCCUGGGGGGCCAGGGUAAACUCCCAACGAUCGUCUCCCCCGAGGAAUAUCGUUCCAGAUUCAUCGCAGCGAUGCACCGAUACUUUCUCCCAGUGCCAGACAGAUGGACAGGUCUAGGACGUGGAGUAGAGUCUCCCUGAUCCCCAUAAUUUUUUUUAACUUUUGUACAAUUUCUAGGGUAACGAUAAGCAAAUUAAUAAAAUAACCAAAGUAUUACAGAGUUAUCUAUAAAAAAUGCAAAUGUAUGAAAGCACCAUUAUUAAUUAUUUAUUUUAGACAACAUUUUUAUCUUUUGUCUUAUAAUUAUGUACAUGAAUAUUAUCUUUCAAUAGUAAAAUAAACAAUAAUAAUUGUAAACAUAAUUAUAGUCGUACAAGUAGUCUAACGAUUUGCUUCAAUUCUUCACUUCAAUCAAUAAACCAAGGGACCACCCGAGAGCAUUUAUCAAUUGGCUAUUGGCUAUUCCCAGAGUACCUUCCAAAUUCAUUAAAUCAAUAAUCAUAAAAAAUCAUAAUUAUGAUGAUGCAUACACGUAUCAUAUAACACGAUUAUUGUAUUUACACUGGACAGUACGUGGCAAAAAUACUAAUGAUAUUAGAUCGAUACGAGAAGAACAGAUGGAUCAGAUACAUUAUUUGUACACUGUCUCACUAGGAAUAUUAUUUCAUCCCUUUAUACUCGACUCCACUCAUAAUUCAACUGAUUACCUGACAACUCGCCGAGAACGAAUGAUUUUCUCGAAUAUAAGUGCACAAUAGUUCAAUAAUUUCCCUCAUUUCCCCACUUCGUUGCAAUGACAACAAAUUUUAUUUUUAAUCAUCUUGAUAUUGGGAUGUACCCUAGUGGAAGCGGUCCACUAUCAAUAAAUAUCGAUUCUCUGGGGCUAUUGACAUUAUUCAAAAUAUUGGGUAAUCAGUGCAGAACGCAGAGAAAAUACCAAGUGAUACAUUUGACUGACGAAAGGAUGAAGAAAUUAUUUAUUCCCGUGGAAAUAUUCAUGAAAAUAUUAAUUAUUAAUAUUAAUACAUUAAUUAUGUAUAGUAUUAUGGGUCUAAUAUUCUUUAUAUACGCCGCAUAUACAAUAUAUAUUGCCCCAUAAAUUUUUCAAAUUAGAAUUCGGAAAGUCUCUCUUGUCACGUGUCAAAAAUAUUCAUGGAAAUCGUUUUUAUCAGGGAAAUUUUGUCUGAAUUAUUCUCUACUAUAAAAUAUUUAUUGCAACAUAAUCUGCAAUGUUUUCUAUAAUAUUUUUUCAUCCAUGAUCCUACAUGUCUUACGUAAACCAUAAAUUUCUCCUGCAAUUUCUCUUAAUCCACAUAUUUAUUUCCACAGGAAUAAUUUCCAUCGUCAGUCACAAUCUCGUUAACUUCAGAUAGACUCUCCCCGUGUCCACAAUUAUUCGAAUGUGUCUAUUGUCUGAAUUCGUCAAAAAUCCAUGCAACACCCUUUCCCCAUCCCAGACUCUCCGAUUACUUUAGUUCCCUCUCACCUAGAGUACGAAAAAACCCUUUGAAAAGUCGAUCAUCACCAUGUCUCCACCAUUGACAAGUGUCUGCAAGAAAAAAAAAA